GUCCCCCAUUCCUCGUCCUCCGCCCGCACAGCAUGCGCCACUGCCUCAGGUAGCACAGGUGCAGUCACCGACAGCAGCCAACAGACACAGUCAUGGUCGGAAUGUCGCCAGGCGCGAGCGUUGCUCUGGGAGUAAUCGUCGGCCUGGCCUCGACCAGCAUCCAGAGUGUCGGCCUUACACUCCAGCGCAAGUCGCAUCUCCUCGAGGAAGAAAAAGACGACGAUGACGAAAGACGGCCACCCUACAGGCGGCGGAGAUGGCAGUUGGGCAUGCUCAUGUUCCUCGUGGCAAACAUUGUCGGCAGCACCAUCCAAAUCACCACCCUCCCCCUCCCCGUCCUCUCCACUCUCCAGGCUUCCGGCCUCGUCUUCAACUCCAUAUGCGCCUCCAUUAUCCUGAGCGAGCCCUUCACGCGCUACUCACUCGCUGGCACUCUACUCGUCGCUGUCGGCGCAUUGUUGAUAGCCCUCUUCGGCGCCAUUGCCGAGCCGUCACAUAAUCUGGACCAGUUGUUGGUUUUACUGGGACGAACCAACUUUCUCAUUUGGAUGAGCAUGACGGGCGUUGCUGUGGUCAUCUUGGUUACCGCCACCUGGGUCCUCAAGCGCAUUUAUCCCCGCACCACUCCCAGACUACGCCUGAUACGAGGAAUGGCCUUUGGAUGCGUCAGUGGCAUUCUCUCUGCGCAUUCGCUACUUGUCGCCAAGAGCGCCGUUGAGCUGUUGGUCCGCACAAUCGUGGAUCGCCACAAUGAGUUUAAUCGUUGGCAGUCUUGGAUGAUCCUGAUUGGCUUAGUUGCAUUCGCCCUGACGCAGCUCUAUUACAUGCACUGCGGACUCAAGUUGUGUAGCACCAGUGUCCUCUAUCCUUUGGUCUUUUGUGUCUAUAACAUCAUUGCCAUUGUAGAUGGAUUGAUAUACUUUGACCAGAGCGACCGGCUGUCAAGUCUCCACGCUGGAUUGAUCGCACUCGGUACAGUGGUCCUUCUUGCAGGCGUUGUCUGCUUGAGCUGGCGCCUCGAGGACAAUGAGGAAGAACCAAGGUCGCCAAUAGCGGUCAAGGUGGGCAGGAUUCCCAUGCCCAAGACGGUACUUCAACCUGGUAUCGGCAUAUCGCAUACUCAUAUUCUCGACGACCCGGCAUCACCAAUGCUCACCGACGAGGAAGCUGGAGGAGACCGUGGCUACUUCUCCGCGCACACCAAACGUAAAUCUAUCGACGAAACAACACCACUGCUAGCCCGAGCACCGGCUGGUCCUGCUCGGCCCCUGUCCAAUCCCAAAAAGCGAUUGUCACUGGAUACUGCAGCCCUGCACGCAGCCCAGGCUAAUCCACGUCCUCACAAGCCUUCACGAAGACGACGCUUGACUAUUUCAGAGGAAACGCACGAAAUAUGGGAUGAGCUCAACGACCGCGAGACUUUACCUUCACCUGCAAUCCGAUCUGUGGAUCUUGAUCAUAGGCCAAGAUCAGGCACGUUACAGCCACGACGAAACAAGGCGCAAUCCGCCUGGCUCAACCAGAUGCGCCGGAGAUCUUGGUUUGAAGGCCUUACCCGGCAGACCAGAAGCGUAUCUCAAGGGAAGAGACCGGCCGAUCCUGCUUCGUCUUCGCCGUUACUCUAUCAUCCCGACCCAGAUGAUGGCGAUUUAUCAGAUGCAGACUUGCCCGAUGCGUCCCGAGCAAGAAGGAGUUGGGCAUAUACCUCGGAGAAUAGAAGCCAAGAUGCAUUGAGCGAUUGGUUCAAAUUGAAAUGGCUACGCAGUAAGUGGAAAGAGGAGGGUGGUGAUGAACAGGAUAGAAGUGGACAAGAAGAUGGACGACAGUCAUAAUGGCCAUUUCUUUUGUACAGUAAAUACAAUGAUAUCAGAUUGAAUUCCGUAAUCAUCUCUCGCCGAAACGAAUGGCGUGUUUUAGGGGAAGGGAUGUUCGGUAUGUCUAUGAAGACUAGACGAAGUCAAUGCUUGCUUAGAAAGUAUGUUUUUUUUAAUUGUUUGUAAUAGUUGUUUGAAAAGAUUCGAGUUUGAAAGUGGCCAGUGCCUUGAGCGGAUAAUUGAAUUAGCGAAACUAUUCGAGACAUUUCACUAGUGCUCAGAUCCAGAGCCUUCUGUAGUGAAGUUUGAUCCCUGCGUUU